AAUUUGUGUAGUCAGGAUUUCCUUAGUCCCAGUUCCUGGGUAGAUACGGGGUGUGUGUCAUUGGGUUGUAGACAAGGAGCAGAGCUCCAGUGUUAAGAGAGAGAGUGAGAGAGAGCUCUGUGACUGUGAAACAUGGCGAGGGGGCCGAGGGGAAGGUUGCUGCUCGGUGCUGUCCUGCUACACUUUGGACAGCUCGUCCUCAGCCGAGAGGCACCAGACAAACUCAACGGCUUCAGCCUGCACCCGCCCUACUUGAACAUCGCGCAAGGGUCUAAGAUUGCGGCUACGGCCACUUGCGGAGAGGACGGAUCGGGCAGGCCGAGACUGGACCUCUACUGUAAACUAGUGGGAGGACCAGCUGCCGGAGUCUCCAGUCAGACGAUUCAGGGGCAAUUCUGUGAUCACUGUCUAUCUGAUGAUGCAUACAAAGCUCAUGCAAUCACCAAUGCCAUCGAUGGUACUGAGCGCUGGUGGCAAAGUCCGCCCCUUUCACGUGGACUGCACUACAACCAAGUCAAUGUCACUCUGGAUUUCGGUCAGCUUUUCCAUGUGGCUUAUAUUCUUAUAAAGUUUGCUAAUUCUCCACGUCCUGACCUUUGGGUGCUUGAGAGAUCAGUUGACUUUGGAAGAUCCUACAGUCCAUGGCAGUACUUCGCUCAUUCCAAACGCGAUUGUGAAGAUUUAUUUAGAACACGAGCCCGUGAGAGGAUUACAAGAGAUGAUGAUGUUAUCUGCACUACAGAAUAUUCCCGGAUUUUACCCCUUGAGAAUGGCGAGAUUGUUAUAUCUUUGGUGAAUGGUCGUCCAGGAUCCACAAACUUCAAUGAUUCUCCUGUCUUAAGAGAAUUCACAAAGGCUACAAACAUCCGACUACGAUUUCUUAGGACCAACACUUUAUUGGGUCAUCUAAUUUCCAAGACUCAAAAGGAUCCCACAGUCACUCGAAGGUAUUACUAUAGCAUCAAGGACAUCAGUGUUGGAGGCCGAUGUGUCUGCAAUGGACAUGCUGACAGUUGUCGUGCAAAGAAUCCAGAAAACCCAUUCCAGUUGCAGUGUGAGUGCCAGCAUAACACAUGUGGAAUAUCAUGUGACCGGUGUUGCCCUGGAUAUAGUCAGAAACAAUGGCAACCAGCCACUACUUCAUCUGCAAAUGAAUGUGAACCGUGUAAUUGCCAUGGGCAUGCCACAGAUUGUUAUUAUGAUGCUGAAGUCAGCCGGCGCAGAGUAAGCAUGAACAGCUACGGGCAUUAUGAAGGUGGAGGUGUUUGCUUGAACUGCCAGCACAACACAGCGGGAAUAAACUGUGAACGAUGUGCUCCAUUUUACUAUCGACCAUCUGGCGUUCCAAAAGAGGCAGUGGAUGGCUGUUUACCCUGCAGGUGUAACCCUGAAUUUGCAGAUGGAUGUGAUGGAACAACAGGUCUGUGUCGCUGCAAACCGCAGUACAGUGGUCAACACUGUGACAGAUGUUCUCGUGGAUAUUACAGCUUCCCUCAGUGUGGUUAUGUUCCAGUUUAUUCCACAGCCAGUCCAGUAACUGUAGUCCCAUCAGCUGGAGAUUUCCAAAAUUGUAAAUGUAAUGUGCAGGGCACAGUGGCAAAUACCUGUCACAUAGAUCCUCAUACUCAGCGUUGUGAUUGCAAACCACACUACACUGGUCCAUACUGUACUCACUGUGCCACAGGAUAUUUUGGGAAUUACUGUCAACAAUGUCAGUGCUACGGUGCUGGAGUGACAAAUCAAGUGUGUGAUCCAAACACAGGACAGUGUUUGUGUCGAAAUGGAUUUCAAGGUUAUUUUUGUGAAAGCUGCUCAGCAGGAUAUUUUCGGUUCCCCUACUGUGAGCCAUGUCGGUGUAACAAUGUUGGAACGCUACCUGAACGCUGUGAUGACUCAGGGAGGUGUCUCUGUCGGGCAGAAUUUGCAGGCAAUCAGUGUGAUCAAUGUCACCCAGGAUAUCAUUCAUUCCCACGGUGUCAAGCCUGUUCCUGUGACCAAAUAGGAUCGAUAGAUAAUAACUGUGACACUAUUGGACGCUGUCGCUGUCGUCCAAACUUCACAGGACCAACAUGUUCCCACUGUGCGCCUGGUUACUAUGGUUAUCCCACUUGUUUGUCAUGUGAGUGCUCUGCUGAUGGUUCUUACGAUGCUGAAUGUGAUCAGACCACUGGGAAAUGUAACUGCCGGCCACGAGUUACUGGACAACGUUGUGAUACUUGUGUGACAGGAGCAUACAACUUCCCUGCUUGUCAAGUUACUGACUGCAAUUCAGCUGGCACAGUGACUCAUGAUCCUUCAUCCCAGUCUGGGUCCUGUCAGUGCCUGGCAAAUGUCAAGGGAUCAAAAUGUGAUCAGUGUAAGUCACUCUACUGGAACCUGGCUGAGGAGAAUCCUGAUGGUUGCAUUGAAUGUCGCUGUAAUGUGAUUGGCACAAUUAGUGGGAUUGGAGAAUGCAAUCAGGAUGAUGGCCAUUGCUACUGUAAAUCUAAUGUAUGCGAUGAGCUCUGUGAUUGGUGCAAGGAAGGACACUAUGCUUUAGAAGAGAGGCACUAUUUUGGUUGUCAAGGCUGCCAGUGUGACAUUGGAGGUUCUACGAAUCUAACAUGCAAUAUGUUGUCAGGGACCUGCCAAUGCAGACCAAAUGUGGAGGGGCGUACUUGCAACGAGCCACGUCGCAACCACUAUUUCCCAGAUCUUCACCACCUGAAGUAUGAAAUUGAAGAUGGCACUACACCCAAUGGAAGAGCUGUUAGGUUUGGGUUUGAUCCACAGGAGUUCCUGAACUUCAGUUGGAGAGGCUAUGCGCAAAUGUCAUCUGUGCAAAAUAACGUGAGGGUAACAGUGCAUGUGGAGAAUAGAAACCUCAAUUUGUUCCGCAUCGCCUUCAGAUAUAUUAACCCCGGAUUCACUACUGUGUACGGCCAUGUAGCAAUUUACCAAGCACAACCAAGCACAGUGUUACCCCAGGCAAAAGAAAUUAUCUUUGCUCGAAGUAAAGAGCCAUCUUUUGUUACGGUCGCAAGGAGUAACUAUGGUGACCCUUUCCCACUCACACCUGGGACUUGGACUGUCAACAUCGAGGCAGAAGGAGUACUUCUGGAUUAUCUGAUUCUGCUGCCCAGUGAUUAUUAUGAAGCUCCGAUUCUGCAGUUACAAGUGACAGAUCCCUGUACUUAUGCAGCUAAUCCUGAACAAGUGGGAAAAAACUGCUUGUUAUACAAAUAUCUUCCUUUGGAUAUCUUCCCCUCGGCUGGAGCAGAUGAUGGCAUAUACACUGUGGAUGGCAAACAGCAAUCCUCGGUUCAAAUACCAAUCUCCUACCGGACAAGGAUGGCUGUUCUCACUGGCAGACAGGUUCAGCUACAGUUUAGAAUUAAGAUUCCUGAACCAGGCCAAUAUGUUUUUGUACUUGAAUACGCCAAUGAAGAUGAGAGACUGCAUAAGCUUAAUGUGGCAGUACCCAAUCAACUUGGAGCAACUACACAAGGGACAUUUAAUCUGUACAGCUGCAAAUACAGUUUCUUUUGUCGGAGUGUUGCAAUUGACUCACAGAAUCGCAUUGCAGCCUUUGAUCUGCUUUCUUAUGCUGAUCUCCUUCUGCAUGGUACAUCAAUCAGUUUUUUACUGCACAAAGUUUAUUUAGUACCUUUUAAAGAGUUCUGCACUGAACACGUGGAGCCUAAAAUGCACUGCAUCGGCACCCAUGGCCCCAUCACCAACAGGAGCUCAUGUGUUGCAAGCAAGUAUGAAAUACCUGUGUCAUCAGUGAAGCUGAAAGAUGGACAUCUUUCAACUGCAGACCUUUCUUCACAACCUGACCUAUCUAAAGAUCCACAGCUCCUAACCCAGCGCCCUCCAACCAUGGUGGAACCAGGAGAUAUUAUUUUACUAAAAUCACCAAAGAAUCAGAUUACCUUCAAAACAAGAGUGCCAAAUGAAGGCAAACACACGAUAUUGGUGCAUUUUUAUCAGCCUUUGUACCCAACAUUCCCAGUAGGGGUGAUGGUGGAUGGAGGUCGUCCCUAUAAUGGAUUUUUUAGUGCUUUCUUCUGUCCACAUGGGUUUGGGUGUCGCAACCAGGUCAUUUCAGGGAAUACAAUAGAAUUGGAUAUAAUCAAUCCAGAGUUGUCCGUCAUUCUUACUGUUCCAAAAGGAAAAGCCCUUUGGUUGGACUAUAUCUUAAUUGUUCCUUCAGAAAGUUAUGAUCCUGACUUACGAAAUGAAAAGCCUUUGGAUAAGUCAUUUGAUUUCAUUACUGCCUGUGGUGGAAAUAGCUUUUUCAUCAACCCAGCUACAUCAUCCAGAUUCUGCCUGGACUCAGCUAAGUCACUGGUGGCAUUCUACAAUAAUGGAGCUCUCCCUUGCCAGUGUAAUGGAAAAGGUGCUACUAGUCCUGCAUGUAAUCCAUUUGGAGGCCAGUGUUCCUGCAGACCAAAUGUUAUUGGGCGUCAAUGUAACAAAUGUGCCACUGGCUAUUUUAAGUUCCCCAAUUGUCGACCCUGCAAUUGUGGCAAACGCCUGUGUGAUGAGGUCACAGGCCAAUGCAUCUGCCCUCCCCAGACUGUUAAACCUUCAUGUGAGACAUGUGAGAAACAGACCUUCAGUUACCAUCCUCUAAUGGGCUGUGCAAAGUGCAACUGCUCACGAGAAGGAAUCAUUAAACCUGCAAACCCAGACUGCAACCGACAAACUGGGCAGUGUCGAUGCAAAUCGAAAGUAACAGGUCGCCAGUGUGACCGCUGUUCCAUUGGUUACUCCCGUUACCCUGAUUGCAUUCCCUGUAACUGUAACCGUGAAGCAACACAGCCAAGUGUGUGUGAUCCCAUAACUGGACAGUGUCUUUGUAAGGAGAAUGUAAUUGGUGCACAGUGUGAUAUCUGUCGACCUGGUUCAUUCUAUCUUGAUCCAGCCAAUCCCAAAGGCUGCACCAGCUGCUUUUGCUUUGGAAUAACGAAUGAGUGUCGAAGUUCUGAUAAGUCCAGGACUAAACAUAUGCAAAUGAAGAAAUGGAAGUUACUCACUGGGAAUAAACAGAGCAUUCCAGUUGUUUAUAACCAACGGAGUAAUACCGUUGUUGCUGAUGUACAAGAACUACCUGAUGUUAUUCGUGAUUUGUACUGGCUAGCCCCAGAGUCCUACCUGGGAGACAAGGUCUCUUCAUAUGGUGGCCUCCUGACAUACCAAAUAAAAUCCUUUGGCUUACCGAGUGAAGGGAUGACUUUACUUGAGAAAAGGUCUGACGUUGAAUUGAGAGGUGAACAAAUGACUAUUGUAUAUUUUGAUCCACGGAAUCCACUUCCAGAUCGAGUUUAUCAUGGACAAGUCCAGCUUUUAGAGGAUAACUUUCGCCAUGCUAUCAUUAACAGUCCAGUAACUAGGGAAGAUUUCAUGCUUUUGUUGAGCAAUUUGGAGGAACUACACAUUAGAGCACUUUAUUACUCACAAACACAACGCCUUUCCCUCGGUCAAGUUCAACUUGAGGAAGCCUCUGUUUCCGGAACUGGAAAUCCUGCUACUAAUGUGGAAGUGUGCUCAUGUCCUCCUAACUACUUGGGAGAUUCCUGCCAGAAAUGUGCCAUUGGAUACUACAGAGAUUGGAAUGGCUUCUUCUCGGGGCGCUGUGUACCCUGUCGCUGUCAUGGACAUUCAAAACAAUGUGCAGACCGGUCUGGAAGAUGUAUUGAUUGUAAACAUAACACAGAAGGAGAUCACUGUGAACGAUGUAAAUCAGGUUUCUUUGGAAAUGCUGCCCAAGGUACCUGCAGUCCCUGUCCUUGUCCAUACACACAACCCUCCAACAACUUUGCCACACGAUGUGGCGAGAUUAAUGGUGCCUUUCAGUGUAUGUGUAAACCGGGCUAUACCGGAUCAAGAUGUGAGAGGUGUGCUCCAGGUUAUUUUGGAAACCCUUUGGAGAUAGGAAGUGAAUGUAGACCUUGUCAGUGCGGACAUUCAAGUUCGACAAGUUGUGACCCAUUGACCGGCCAAUGCAGCAACUGCCAAGACUGCACAAAUGAAGAACCCAAGGAUACUAGUUCUGAUGAGAAGUGUGACACCUGUGACAGUUGCGUUGAAGCUCUGUUGCUCGACUUGAACAAAAUGGAUUCCGAUCUGUAUAAGAUCAAACUCCAGCUUCAAAAUGCAAACACAAGCACUGCUACACAGCAUCGCAUGAACAACUUAGACAAGUCCAUAAAAAACACUGAGAAUCAGUUAAAGGUGUAUCAGGCCACUGUGGAGCAGCAUGUAAAAAGGACUGAUGACUUGGAAAAUGACAACAUGAAUCUCAUUCAAGAUGUCCUUGCGCUUGAGGAAAAGGUGGAAAAGGAUUCUCGAACUACUCAACUGUUACUCUCUUCAAUCAAUGUGACCCAUCAACGUGCACAAGACAUGGUGACAAAUAUAGAAAACGUGUUGUUGCAGAUCUUGGAAAUGUUGAAGACCAUGAACACCCUUGAUUCCUCAUCCGGCACUGCACCCAAGUUAGAUGAGGUAGAACGGAUGCUCAAUGAAAUGAGAAACCGUAACUUUGAUGUGGAGAGAAGAGUGGCUGACAGGGAGAAUCAAGAGUCAAAGAUAUUGCUUGACCGUAUUAAGAAUGGAUUUGUAAAAAAUAUUGAAGAGAACAAACAACUCGCAAGUAAUAUAACGGAUGCACUAAGUUUAUAUCAGACUAAGUUAAUGGAUCUUCAAGAUGCGAUAAAUGAAGCAGCCAAUCUAACUCAAAAAGCUGAAAACCUCAACGGAAUUAAUUCUAUUUCACUGGACAAUAUUAAGAAUAAACAUGGUAAAUUAAAUAUUAAGCAGGCGGAAGUUACAAGUUUGCUUCAAAUGGCAGAUGUCACCCUUACUAAUCUGAACAACAUGCUCCGGAUGUUGGAUAAGAGCCAGGAGAAUUAUGAAAAACACGGAGCUCAGUUAGAUGGAGCCUUAUCAUCACUUGAAGACAAAAUUAAAAAGCUCUCAAAUGCUAACAGCAAGGAGCCCAUUGUGGUUAGUGCUGAGAGACAUGCUGAAAACCUGGAUCAACUGUCAAAGCAACUCCAGAGAGCAAUAGAAGAAGUGAACCAAGAUUCCUUAAUCCAACGUGUAGUCGAUGCUUCAGAUGCCUAUGAGAAGAUAAUCAAUGCAGUGGAUGCAGCAGAGAUGGCAGCCAACAAGGCAGCAAAUGCAUCACAUAUUGCCUUGCAGGCUGUGGUGAAGGAGGAUUUGCCUGGCCAAGCAUCUGAAUUAAAAACCAAAAGCGAUGAUAUUUUUUCCACAACGAAUGGAUUGAACAGUAACUUCAAAGAUGUUUCAUCAAAGCUCAGAGAUGCAACUAAUCGCCUCAACAAUGCAAAAUCCAAGAAGAACGAAUUACAGCCUGGUCUUGCUCCACUUCAGGCCAAAAUUCAACAAAUAAAUAGAGAUGAUGUCGGUGAGACUUUAGACAUGGCAAAAGAUGCAGCUAAAGAAGCAAAUGAUACUGCGAAUAGAGUGAUGUCUAAACUGCAGCCAAUAAUUAAUGAUAUAAAAAACCUCAACAGGUCAUCAGAGAAUAUUGAAAAUGCUACAGCUAUUAACAUAGCUUUAAGGGAGGCUGAAAAUUCAGUAAAAAAUUUGACUAAUACCCUACCAGACCUCGUGAAGAAGCUAAAGGAUUUAAGCCAAAUACAACCUGUCAAUAACAUCUCUAAGAAUAUAGGCCGAAUCAGGGAACUCAUUGAUCAGGCCAGGGAAGCUGCUAAUAAGAUAAAUGUGGCAAUGAAGUUCAAUGGUAAUUCUGGUGUUGAAGUACGUCUUCCUGAUAAUCUCGAUCACUUAAAACCUUACACAUCUUUACUGUUAUAUCUCAAACGGCCAAAUGUCCUACCACCCCGAGGAGAUGCUGGAAGGCGUAAGAGGCAGGAUGCAACAAACAUGUUUGUUUUGUAUUUAGGUAACAAAGAUACAUCCAAAGAUUACAUGGGCAUGGCAUUGCAGGGUGAGAAACUAGUAACUGUCUAUAAACUAGCAAAUGAUGAAGCUAAAAUAGUCUCUGAGAAAACCGUCAAUAAAGAAAGCUUCGAUAUUGUCAAAUUUGAAAGGAUCCUACAGUAUGGCAGCUUAAACUACAGUCAAGUCAGUUCCACUGUGCAGAAACGUAUUGACAGCAUCUCAUCUAACGUAACCGCAAAUGGAGAUGACUUGCUACUUAAUCUUGAUCCAAAGAAUACAGUCUUCUAUGUUGGAGGAUUUCCCCCCAGCUUUGUGCCUCCAGCUGCCUUAGAUUAUCCAAAGUAUAAGGGUUGCAUUGAACUUGGUGUCUUGAACGAGAAACUGAUCAGUUUAUACAACUUUGAACAAAUAUUCAACAUCAAUACAACAGAAGACAGACCAUGUCAAAGAUAUAAGCCACGAGGAAAUGAAGGCUUUUAUUUUGAUGGAACUGGAUAUGCACUAAUUAAAUUGUCCGGUUAUGCACAAAACUUAGCAAUUGAACAAACGAUUCAAACUUUGAGUAAAAAUGCUGUGCUGUUAUAUUUGGAGAGCAAGGAUUCAAGCUGUGUUCUCACAAUUGAAGAUGGAAGGUUGGUGUUCAGAUAUGACCUCAAAUCCAGUGCACCCAAGAUUUCCCAAUCAUCAGUCCUCCUAAACACCAGCAACGAGAUUGUGAUAAGAAUCAGAAUGCUCAAUUCGAAAAAACGUACUGUUGUGAUAGUCAAUGGUGUCAAUGCUGUGUAUGUGAAUAAUACUUUCAGUCAGCUGGAUUUCCGUAACUAUUAUCUUGGAGGAAUACCAUCACAGAUUAAGGAACGAUUGAACAUUCCUGUAAAGACAUCAGUGAGGGCCUGUAUGAAAAAUCUGAAAGCUGAGGAAAGGAACAUUGAUCUGUCCAAUGAGCCUAUUGUUGGUGUUAGCAAAGGAUGCUCAGAAUCACUCCUGCUGGUCCGUACUGCCUACUUUAAUGGCAGUGGGUUAUUGGGACUUCCUGCAUCUGAUUUGACUUUCCCCGAAAACUUUCACAUUGGAUUUGGUUUUGCAACAAGUCAGUUAAACAGUCUACUGUUCUCUUAUGAAAAGAAUAACUUUGAAGUUUUCCUGGAAAAUGGUAAAGUGAUAGUUAAUAUACUGGGUAAAGUCCUAAAGUCUCGAAGCUCCUUUAAUGAUGGUGCCAACCACUAUGUAUCAAUCCAGAGGAGAGGAAAUCGUAUCUAUCUGAAUGUGGAUGAUAUGGACAAGCAGGAAGCAACAAUACAAUUGGGUCAGCCUGGAACAAAAGGUUUGGUUUAUCUGGGUGGAGACAAAAACAGAAGGAAUUUUGAUGGCUGCAUCAGCAAUGUCUUUCUACAAAGGAACCGUGAAUCACCCAGAAUUGAAAAUUUGGCAUUUUCAGUUGAGGACACCGGAGUGUACCUUGACACCUGUCCCCAGCAGAGAGCACCAGAAAUGCUUAUGUUGAAAGAGGGCAGAAAAUGGAAUGGUCAAGAGACAGUUAAAACAAACAAGAAUGGAAAGAAUCAAAAGGUUAAUCCUGAUUAUUCAACUAAGGAGAAUACAGGCCAAGAAUCAAAGGACUGCCUGUUGCCAUGGCAACCAAAAUCAGUCAGUGGUGCCUACCAAUUUGGAGAUUCACCAGACAGCAGAUUGGAAUAUGACUUUGUUCCUGAAUCAUUUAAAGAGAGGUCAACAUUCUCCAUCGAUGUGCGAACAGUUGCAACAGAAGGAACCAUCUUUUAUGUAGCAGAUAAGUCAGGGAAAUCCUCCAUGAUACUUUAUGUUUCGAGAGGUCGUUUCAUCUUUUCUUUUACUGUUAAUGAGAAGAAACUGAAAAUUAAGAGCAAAGCAAAGCACAAUGAUGGAAAGUGGCAUACAGUGGUGUUUAGCAGAGAAAAUAAUAAAGGAAAGCUCAUUAUUGAUGGACUUCGGACACGACAUGCCAGUAUUAGCGAUAGUGCACUCCUGAAAGUUGAAUCUCCAUUCUAUUUGGGUGGAUUACCCUCAGGCAAAAAGCGACACAAUAGGAAGCUACAUGGUUUUCAGGGAUGUCUAAGAAACUUCAAAAUGGAUGGUAGUGAACUGCAUUCUCCAUUGCACACAUUUGGAGUCACACCAUGUUUCGACGGCAAGUUUAAGCAAGGGGUCUAUUUCUCAGCCAAAGGAGGAUAUGUUGUUUUAGAUAACUCAUUUGUGGUGGGCAAGGACUUUGAGCUCCUGUUUGCAGUGCGCCCUCAAAGCCAGACUGGAAUCCUCUUUCAUAUCAACAGCUCUCAAGGAAAUUAUCUCAGUCUAUAUAUGUACAAGGGAAAGGUUACUGUCCAUGUAAACAAUGGAGCUGGUGAUUUCAACACAUCGGUCACACCUCAGUCACUGUGUGAUGGACAGUGGCACAGAAUAGUAGUAAUUAAAAGAAAUAAUGUGGUGCAACUUGAUGUGGACACAGAACGUGACCAUGUUGUAGGACCUGCUGCUUCACUUUCCACUGAUACUGCCGACCCUCUCUACGUUGGUGGCAUCCCAGAUAAUGUACAGUUACCUCAUUUGCCAACUCGUAAUCCAUUCAUUGGCUGCAUGGGGGAAGUAGUGAUCAACGUGAAGCCAGUAUCAUUCAAGAAAGCAGUGGCAGUUCAUGGUGCUGUUAGUGUGACUCGGUGUCCUGUCAUGUAAAUCCAGCUACUGUUUGUAACCACAAAGAUGUUUUAAUCUUCCUGAACUUGAUUGUAAUAGACAACUAAACCACUGUCAAAAUGCAGAAUAAUUAAUUUAUUGUAACUUGGACUUUGCAUUCUUAUCAUUUCAGUCAACUGAAUUUGACACAUUUAUGGUUUGGCUUUUCAUAACAGCAAUUUUUACAAUUAAAAGAAAAAUGACCCACUAACUUUUUGAAACGCAAUGCAAAUAUUUUAUUCCUAAUUGGUGCUAUAUACUGUGGGGCCAAAUAAAUUACUAAAAUUUGCUGCUAAUUUUAUAUUUUCAUACUUGAAUAAUUAAAUGCUAAACAUAUUUCUAAAAUAAACAUGAUUCAACCAUCAUUAUUAAAAGCCUUUCAAAUUGUUUUUGGAGAGUAAAUGAUCUUCUGGAAAGGGAAUGUUUUCCCCCAUGCAUCAUCCGAUUGGAAACACAGGCAAGGUUCGGCGCAGACACAAAUACAGAUUAUAUUUCUUCCUGUGAGCAUCUGUCGGACUCUUGAAGCGGUCUUGAGAGUAACAGUGUAGUAGAUCGGAACCCAGGACUUGUAUCUCUGGCAGUAUGCAUUGAUAGUCCAAUGAAAUAUCCACCAAAAUAAGAUUAAAAAAAAGGGCCAUGAUGAGGCCAUAUUUCUCUCCACGCCUCCACCAGUCAAUAAGAUCAUGCAUGAUCUCCCUCAACUCCACUGUCUUGUCCUGUCAACAUAUUCCUCAAUCCCCAAAAAUUUCAUCAACUCCCACUUAUCACCUCCAAUAUUCACUUACUUCACUACCAAUGCACAGUGGUGCAAUCUGCAAGGUGCACUAUAAUAACUCACCCAAGACCCCUGCAACAGCACCUUCCAAAUCUGUAACCUCCACCACAUAGAAAGUCAAGGGUAGUAGAUACAUGGGAACACCACCAAAAAGAGACACACUAUCCUUAUUUGGAACUGUAUCAUGACCUCUUUGCUGUUGAUGGGUCAGAAUCCUGAAACUCACAUCGUAACAGCACUAUGGUAUCCCUACACUGUAGCAAUAUAAGAAGACAGCUCACCACCAUGUUCUCCUGGGCAAUUAGGGAUGGCCUGGUCAGCAACAUCCACAUUUCAUGAAUGAAUGUUUUUAAUAGUCCAUCUUGAAUCUCCUCAAACGAUGGAGCAUCAGUGGUUAGCACUGCUGCCUCACAGCGCCAGAGACCCGGGUUCAAUUCCCGCCUCAGGCGACUCUC